CGAUUCGGCUCGCAUGAUGAUGAUAAACAAAAUAACUUAACCAGUUCAUGGCGCCAUACCCUCGCCUGUUCCUUUGCAAUUGACGUUUAAAAAGGCUGCUGCUGACCUGCUUCCUUCAGCCUCCUCUCCUCUUGCCCAACCACCCCCUCCGUGCACUUUCUCGCUGCCCGCACGCUCGUUUGCUGAGAGUCCAGCAACACAACCACCACCGCCGACACCUCCUCCUCCUCCACCUCUGCCAUCACCGCCGUCAUGUCGGGCCUCAUCUCAGCCCCCGUCGUGCCCGAGGAGGCAAUUGAUGACUCCGACUUGCACACCACCGUCAAGAACUCGGUGCAUCACCGGUUGCGGGCCAACAGCUCCAUCAUGCAGAUGAAAAAGCUGAUGGUGGCCAACCGCGGCGAGAUCCCCAUUCGCAUCUUCAGAACCGCCCACGAGCUUUCGCUACACACCGUCGCCAUCUACAGUCAUGAGGACCGCAUGGGCAUGCACAGGCAAAAGGCCGACGAGGCCUAUGUCAUCGGCAAGCGUGGCCAGUAUACGCCCGUCGGCGCUUACCUGGCCGCUGACGAGAUCGUAAAGAUCGCCGUCGAGCACGAUGUCAACAUGAUCCACCCUGGCUACGGCUUCCUCUCCGAGAACGCCGAAUUCGCUCGCAAAGUUGAGGCCGCUGGCAUUGUGUUCGUUGGCCCGAGCCCAGACACCAUCGACGCUUUGGGCGACAAGGUCUCCGCGCGCAGACUGGCCAUCAAGUGUGGCGUGCCCGUCGUGCCAGGCACGCCAGAUCCAGUCGAGACGUACGAGGAAGUCAAGAGCUUCACCGACGAGCAUGGCUUCCCGAUCAUCAUCAAAGCCGCCUUUGGUGGCGGUGGGCGUGGCAUGCGCGUCGUCCGCAACCAGGAAGAUCUGAAGGACUCGUUCGAGCGUGCUACCUCUGAGGCGAAAUCGGCCUUUGGCAACGGCACCGUCUUCGUCGAGCGUUUCUUGGACAAGCCCAAGCACAUUGAGGUUCAGCUCCUUGGCGACAACCAUGGCAACGUUGUUCACCUGUACGAGCGUGACUGCUCCGUUCAGCGUCGCCACCAGAAGGUUGUCGAGCUGGCUCCUGCGCCAACGCUCCCCAUUGCAACGCGCGACGCCAUCUUGGCCGACGCUGUGAAGCUCGCCAAGUCAGUCAACUACCGCAACGCUGGUACUGCCGAGUUCUUGGUCGAUCAGCAGAACCGAUACUACUUCAUCGAGAUCAACCCCAGAAUCCAAGUCGAGCACACUAUUACCGAGGAGAUCACCGGCAUAGAUAUCGUUGCCGCACAGAUCCAGAUCGCUGCUGGCGCUUCGCUCGCUCAGCUUGGCCUCACACAAGAUCGCAUCACAACCCGCGGCUUCGCUAUCCAGUGCCGUAUUACAACCGAAGAUCCCGCAAAAGGCUUCGCUCCCGACACCGGCAAGAUCGAGGUCUACCGAUCCGCUGGUGGAAAUGGCGUGAGGCUGGACGGUGGUAAUGGUUACGCGGGCUCCGUUAUCACACCUCACUAUGACUCCAUGUUGGUCAAGUGUACCUGCCACGGUUCCACAUAUGAGAUCGCCCGACGAAAGAUCCUUCGUGCUCUCGUCGAAUUCCGUAUCCGCGGUGUGAAGACCAACAUUCCCUUCUUGACCUCGCUUCUCUCGCAUCCUAUCUUCAUCCAGGGUGACUGCUGGACGACGUUCAUCGACGACACUCCAGAACUCUUCAACCUCGUCAGCAGUCAGAACCGUGCCCAGAAGCUGCUCAGUUACCUGGGUGAUCUUGCCGUUAACGGCAGUCAGAUCAAGGGCCAAGUUGGCGAGCCCAAGUUCAAGGGUGAGGUUAAGAUUCCCGAGAUCGUCGACUCCAAGGGCCAGGUCAUCGACGUGUCGAAGCCAUGCCCUGUCGGCUUCAGGAAGAUCUUCCUUGAGCAGGGCCCAGAGGCCUUCGCGAAGGCUGUUCGUGCCUAUCCGGGCUGCCUGAUCAUGGACACAACAUGGAGAGACGCCCACCAGUCGCUCCUUGCCACGCGCGUCCGAACUGUUGAUAUGCUCAACAUUGCCAAGGAGACGAGCUACGCUCUCAGCAACGCCUGGGCUCUCGAGUGCUGGGGUGGCGCCACCUUCGACGUCGCCAUGCGUUUCUUGUACGAGGAUCCAUGGGACCGUCUGAGGAAGAUGAGGAAGCUCGUGCCCAACAUCCCCUUCCAGAUGUUGCUCCGCGGCGCCAACGGUGUCGCCUACUCCUCGCUUCCCGACAACGCGAUCGUCCAUUUCUGCGAGCAGGCAAAGAAGAAUGGCAUGGACAUAUUCCGUGUCUUUGACGCCCUCAACGACGUCACCCAGCUCGAGGUCGGCAUCAAAGCCGUCGUUAAGGCCGGCGGUAUCGCCGAAGGCGCCAUGUGCUACAGCGGCGACAUGUUGAACCCGAAGAAGAAGUACAACUUUGACUACUACAUGGACCUUGCCGACAAGAUCGUCGGCAUGGGCGCUCAUAUCCUCGGUAUCAAGGAUAUGGCCGGUGUGCUGAAGCCUACUGCCGCCACCAAACUUGUUGGUGCUUUGAGGGAGAGGUUCCCAGACAUUCCCAUCCACGUGCACACUCACGACUCCGCCGGUACUGGUGUCGCCUCCAUGAUCGCAUGUGCCCAGGCCGGCGCCGAUGCUGUCGACUGCGCCACCGACAGCAUGUCCGGCAUGACCUCUCAGCCAAGUAUCGGUGCCGUCGUUGCCUCGUUGGCUGGCACCAAAUACGACACCGGUCUCGACCCUGCUGCGCUUCGCGCCAUUGACAGCUACUGGGCACAGGUUCGCCUUCUCUACUCGCCGUUCGAAGCCGGCCUCACCGGCCCAGAUCCCGAGGUCUACGAGCACGAGAUCCCCGGCGGUCAGCUCACCAACCUCAUCUUCCAGGCCUCCCAGCAAGGCCUUGGCGAGAAGUGGGCCCAGACCAAGAAGGCCUACGAGCAGGCCAACGACUUGCUUGGCGACAUCGUCAAGGUCACGCCCACGUCCAAGGUCGUUGGCGACUUGGCUCAGUUCAUGGUCUCCAACAACCUUAGCUACAACGAUGUGCUCGAGAGGGCCGACAAGCUCGACUUCCCGUCCUCUGUCCUCGAAUUCUUCGAGGGGUUGAUGGGUCAACCGUACGGAGGAUUCCCAGAGCCACUGCGCACCAAGGCCCUGCGUGGUCGUAGAAAGAUGGACAAGCGACCGGGUCUCUACUUCGAGCCUGUGGAUAUCGACAAGGUCCGCAAGGAGCUGAAGGAGAAGUACGGAGGCGCCACUGAGACGGACGUCGCCUCGUACAUCAUGUACCCCAAGGUGUUUGAGGACUUCAAGAAGUUCACAGACAAGUAUGGCGAUCUUUCAGUCGUUCCCACGCGCUACUUCCUCGCCAAGCCAGAGGUGGGCGAAGAGUUCCACGUCGAGCUCGAGAAGGGCAAGGUGCUGAUUCUCAAGCUGCUCGCCAUCGGCCCGCUCAGCGAGCAAACUGGUCAAAGGGAGGUGUUCUACGAGAUGAAUGGAGAGGUGCGACAAGUCACCGUGGACGACAAGCAUGCCGCCGUGGAGAACGUGUCGCGUGUCAAGGCCGACGCAUCGGAUUCGAGCCAGGUCGGCUCACCAAUGGCGGGUGUCGUUGUCGAAGUUAGAGUCAAGGAGGGUGCGGACGUCAACAAGGGCGAUCCCAUUGCCAUUCUGAGCGCGAUGAAGAUGGAAAUGGUCAUCUCGGCGCCGCACAGUGGUAAAGUUGGAAGCCUUAGCGUCAAGGAUGGCGACUCGGUUGACUCGCAGGAUCUGAUCUGUAAGAUUGUCAAGUGAGAAAACUCGGCGGCGGUUCUUUGUCCGUUUCCCUUAGGUUAGCUGAAACGUAUAUAUAUACGAAUGAUGUUAUUGUUCCCUCUUGUACAUCGUCUCAACGUGACAGUUUUUAGUGCCGAAAUAAAUUUUUUUUUCCCCCUCGA